UUGUAUGAUGAUCCUUGUCAAUAACCAUGCGAUAUUUGAAAAUACUAUAAUUAUCUCUGAUGAAGUAACACAUUCAUGCCAGAAUGGAGGCACCUGGAACGGAAAAAGCUGUGACUGCAAGGAGAACUUCAGUGGACAGUUUUGUGAAUUUGUAGCAGAUACCAUCAAAGUUGACACUGUUAAAGCCAAUGUCGAAGUUUCAGUCAAGAUAAAAAGUCAGAGUUAUACAAAAGAGUUGAACAACACCAAAUCCCCUGAGUUCAAACAAUUUGAGAGUGUUUUCAAACAACAGAUGGAUAUAAUUUAUAAAGAUAUAGAGGGAUACGCAGGAGUGAAGAUCACAAGCAUAAGGAAUGGCAGCAUCAUUGUUGAUCAUGACGUUAUCAUCAACAUGACCAAUCCAGCAGAGCUUACUCCAGAAUAUCUCUCUGAGACAAUUAAAGACAUUGAAGUCAAACUGAAAGAAACAACUUGCAACAAUGCAACACAAGAUAACAGCACUGGAUUCGUAUUUGACCCUGGCCAUGUAAAAGUUGAAGAACCAGUUGUAAUUGGUGACUGUGCUUCACAGGUUCCUGAGAAUUUAGAGCAAUAUUAUAAAUUGACUGUGACCAAUAAAGGAGCCAUAUGUGCUUCGGUCUGCAACGAAGCAAGAAAGGACUCACUGAAAUGUGGAAAUGGAAAAUGUGGAAUGACAAAUAAGGGAGCCAAAUGCUAG